CAAAGUCUGCUACCACAAACAAAGAAAAAAAAUUCACACAAUUACUACACAUAAAAACAUAAAACUUGUAUUUUCCUUGUCGAGAAAAAGUGGUUUUUCAUCGGAACGAAUUAAAUUAUAGUAUUACAUGAAAUUAUUGCUGACAUUAUACUUUUAAUGCCAAAAAACAUAACGCGAAUUUGAAUAUACUGAUAAAAGAUUAAAGUUUAUCCACCUCGAAAAAUAUUGAAUAACUGCGCAGUUUGUGUGUGUGGCAGAAAAAUAUUAAUUCUCAUCCCAGAAAAAAUAAUUACGUUUUAUAUACACGUACAUCAUAUAGAAAAAAAGAAGAAAAAUAUUUGUUUUCGUUUAAUUAACCAACAAAAAAGAUGGCUACACGCAAGAAGUCGCUGUUGAAAGUUAUCAUUUUGGGCGAUAGCAGUGUUGGAAAAACGUCAUUGAUGAACCAGUAUGUGAGCAAACGAUUCUCGAAUCAAUACAAAGCAACGAUUGGUGCUGACUUCUGUACAAAAGAGGUGGUGGUCGAUGAUCGUGUGGUCACAAUGCAAAUUUGGGAUACUGCCGGUCAGGAACGCUUCCAAUCACUGGGCGUUGCUUUUUAUCGCGGAGCUGAUUGUUGUGUUUUGGUAUAUGACGUCACAUCACCCAAUUCGUUCAAGAACCUUGACUCGUGGCGUGAUGAAUUCUUAAUACAAGCCAGUCCCCGGGAUCCUGAGCAUUUUCCAUUUGUGGUCCUGGGCAAUAAAGUGGACAUGGACAAUCGUCAGGUGUCAACAAGAAGGGCUCAACAAUGGUGUCAGUCUAAAAAUGAUAUUCCAUAUUUUGAAACAUCGGCCAAGGAAGGCAUCAAUGUGGAACUGGCAUUCCAAACAAUUGCCAAGAACGCCUUGGCUCAGGAGGCUGAAGUAGAACUCUAUAAUGAAUUCCCCGAUCAAAUUCGUUUGAAUGCCGAUCGAAACAAUCGUCCCGGAAAUGCUGAUAACUGUCAAUGCUAAUUCUUAAGCUUUUAAUCAAUCGUUCUCAUUCAAAGUUAUGACGGCUGCUGCCUGGCUGCCUUCACAAACGAGUAUGCAUGUCGUUAUUAUUAUUCUGAACGUAUUGCAAUGGUUUUUCUUUAUUUGUUUUGAUUCUUGUACAAGCCCCCCCCACCCCCAACUCCCUCUAUUAUGCCUUUUGUGUUGAUCUACCGCCCCUAUUAUCCCUGUCAGCGCAUUGAAAGUGUCAACAGUAUCUCCCACAAAUUGUUUGUAAUUAAAAAAAUGUUUUCUUCUAUGUUUCUUAUUUUUUUCUUUUGGUGAAUAUGAGGAAUUAUUUUUUUUUAUAAUUUUAAACAUAAUUUAAGGAAUUCUAAAAGAACAAGAAGUAAACAUGUCGCUAUAUGUUUAUAUAUGAUAAUAUAUUCGAGUAUAUAGAAGAAUAAAAAAUAACUAGUAAUUACACAAAUUAAAUCAAAUUCUUUAAUAAACAAAUAAUGUUCUACACGAAUAGAAAAUAACGAAAAUAAAAAAAUCAAUUCACAACAAAACCGAAUGGAAGCCGUAGGCCUUAGUAGCUUUUCGUGCUUUUUGUAUUUUAAACAAUUUUCUUAAGUAUAUUAUAAUAAAAUAAAAAUAACUGUAAUUAAUAUUCAAAUAAAAGAACAAUAAAGAUAAAUAAA